CAGAGGAGCGGAAGGGAGGGGGCGGGGCUUGAUUUGAACUUCUGCAAAGGAAGAGAGUGGGCGCGCCAGUUUUGCAAGCACUAUAUAUAUAUCUAUCUAUCUAUAUAUAUAUCUCCAAAGUAAUCCAAAAGAAAGAAAGGGCAAGAGCAUGGCCUCCUUGGCUUGGCGGCAGCACCAGAUCCUCCCCGAUUUGGAGGAGAGUCCAGAGCCGGACCGGUUCCGGAAGAAGCCCUCCUUGGACCUUCGCCGCUCCCUCCGCAAGAGGAUGCCCCUCCGGGAAACCGGGGUCAAUUUCGCCGAAAACCCGACCUGGGAAAGCCUGGAGGCCAAGGAGAAGCCGGGCCGCCUCCGGAGCAGCCUCAAGAAAGCCUUCGGGGCCGCCUCACAGAAAAUCCAGGGCCACUGCCGAGGUCCGGCUCGGAUGCUGGCGGCCUCCUUGGCCAAGAUCCCGAAUAACGACCCGCAAACCCGUUCCGCCCUCGCGCCCUCCACCCCGACCUCCAGGGCCAGGAUAAUGGGCUCUCCCUCGUCCGGGGAAGCGUCUCCCCUUCGGCUCCGGAGGGACCGCCUUCCGCUCCGGAGGUCCUUGAGGGCCGCUGCCUUGAGGAGCCCCUACGCCUCCCCUGCCUCCAUCAGCCAAAGGAAGCGAUCCGACGGCGGCUUGGAGAGCGUCUCCCGCGGCAUCCGGCGCCUCAAGCGCCUCUCGCAAGCCUUCAACGACAUCAUCGUCCAAGAAGAGAGAGAGCAGGCCGUGCUCAACUACUACCAAGCCGUGGCCCGGAACAUGCGGGAGGCGCAACGGCGGACGCGGGUCCCGUCCCGGUGGAACCUCCGGAAACAGGCAGAAGAAAGGUGGCGGAGGAUCCGCACCGUGGCCGGCCCCGCCCUGCACCACUGACCCCCUCUCGGUCCUGAGUUCUCUCUGUGUCUCGGAAUUAUGGAAUAAACAAAACACUACGUCAAGGCCUCCCUUACGUGAAAAUAAAAUGGCCCAAAUCAGA